AACCCACUUUGCAAUUAAGAACUAACUUGUAACCGAGCUGCUAACUUACAUGGGACAAAAAAAAUGUGGCUCGUAGAUAGAUAGCACUGUGCUACUGUAUAUGCCAAUCCUAAUCAAUCCUCACUCACUUUCGUAUCCAAGCUCCCCUAGCGAAACCCUCAGCAGCUCUUUCCUCUGUCAACACCAUGCAGCUCGUGAAGCAGGUCAAGUCCUUUGGGGGCGUCAUCAAGCAGUACUCGCAUGAGAGCGCCACCACCAAAUGCACCAUGAAGUUCAGUAUCUUCCUGCCGCCGACCGCCAGCGACAGCCACAAGGUGCCUGUGCUCUUCUACCUGGCAGGGCUCACGUGCAACGAUGAGCUGCUGUUUGUCAAAGCCCCCGAGGCGCAGAAAGUGGCGGCUAGCCGUGGCAUUGCCAUCGUCACCACGGACACGAGCCCGCGCGGAGUGAGCAUCCCCGGGGACGAGGACAACUGGGAUUUCGGCACAGGUGCUGGCUUCUACGUGGACGCCACGGAGACCAAGUGGGACGAACACUAUCGCAUGUACUCGUACGUGACCAAGGAGUUGCCGGCGCUUAUCGCUGCCAACUUCCCCGUAUUGGAGGACAAACACUCCAUUAUGGGGCACUCCAUGGGCGGACACGGAGCUCUGGUGCUCGGAAUUCGCAACCCGACCCAGUACAAAUCCAUUUCGGCGUUCGCGCCCAUUUCGCACCCGAGCCAAUGUCCGUGGGGAAUCAAGGCCUUCACGGGCUACUUAGGUGUCGAUCAGGAGACUUGGAAGGAGUACGAUGCGACGCAACUUAUCCUUAACCAGGGCCCGAUUCCCCAGUCGAUUUUGAUCGACCAAGGUCGCGAAGACAACUUCUUACACGACAAGCAGCUGCUGCCCGAAGCUUUCGAGGCAGCCUGCAACUCGGUGGGCCAAAAGGUGACGCUCCGCAUGCAGGAUGGAUACGACCACAGCUACUACUUCAUCGCUUCGUUCGUGGAGGAACACGUCAACCACCACGCGGACGCUCUGCUCCAGUAAAAAGCUGAGCUUUAUGAGUCAAGUCAAGACUCUAAACCGUACAAAUUCAGAGAAAUGUCAAGUGAAAUACGAAGCUUCAUAGUUUAGCUAUCGUUUAGAAUUGUACUACUUCUACUACGUUUAAGGAAAAACUAUCAUGUCUGCAGCGGCUCUUGUUGAAGAGAGCCGAGGCCAUUAAAAUUGGACGAUGAAGACA